GGACACAAUAACGCGCGUGUGCGAGCGUUAACUUGACUCUCGCGAGAGCACGGAUGGACUCUGGGACGUGUAGUCUUCAUUUCAUGUAGCCAAAAAUAUAAAAAUUUAUGUUCUCGCAGAGGCAGGCAGCCUAGAGCAAGAGGGACUACGCCUGCUGGAGCAACAUGAAGAUACAUAUUUGGCUUCAGAAUACCUCGUACAGUGCUCAAAACAUGCAGGAUGAUUUACUGAUGGACAAAAGCAAAGCUCAGCCUCACCAGCACCAAGAGCCGUUAAAUACAGAGCCUGCAUCCACCACCCCGACCCCCUCCGAGCCACCGGUCCCAGACGAGCAGAACCCCGGUGGUCACAACGAGCGACUCGCCAUGGAGUCUCCGGUGUUACCGGGGUUGGGUUUCCCGCAGGAUUCCUCUCUCUCGCCGUCGUUUUCCAGCACUUGGUCCACCAACACCGUAGACGAAGGCUUUUUCCAAGGGAUUCCGUCUGUAAACGGGGCGAUGCUUUUUCAAAACUUUCCCCAUCACGUCAACCCGGUGUUCGGGGGUAAUUAUUCUCCGCAGAUGAGAAGGUCUCCUCUGAGUGUGAACCAGAGGAGCCCUUAUAACCACCAGACGCUCAUCAAUAAAGUGUCCGCGUCGUCCGCUUCUUCGUCCGCCUGGAAUAACCAUCAGAACGCGGUGUGGAGCUCCGCGGCGAACCCCUGGAGCGGCAGAGACCCGCGGAGAGCGCUCGGGCUCGGCGUCCCGUCUCACCUCAACCCCAUCUCCCCGACGAAGAAGCCUUUCCCAAGCAAUGUCAUCGCGCCCCCGAAAUACCAGAGACCCGGAGCCCUGCAGAAACCCUGGAUGAUCUCCGAGCCUCCGGAACCCUUCAGAACCGACAACAGCAACAACAUGCUGCCUUUUCAGGAACGGAAUCGACCCUUUGACCCAUUCAACUUGCAAACUUUGGAGACCUCCUUAAUGGACAUGAUUGGAACAAACCCUGACAAAGUUACAGGAUUUGAAUUCUUGAGUGAUCACCCCUGGAAAUGUAGAGCAGAAAAUCCUGACCGACUACCAGACAACCUGGCAAACUGCUCCGGUCGCAUGGGUCUUAACUUUCACCAUCCAGUAGCUGAACAUAUAUUACCACUGAACUCCAGGAGCUAUGGUCGCAGAAGAGGUCGCUCUUCACUGUUUCCUUUUGAGGACGGCUUCCUGGACGACGGUCAUGGAGAUCAGUCGCUGCCCCCUGGCCUGAGCUCCCCCACCCGCUGUCAGAAUGGAGAGAGGAUGGAGCGCUACUCCAGAAAGGUGUUUGUCGGUGGACUGCCACCUGACAUCGAUGAAGAUGAGAUCACCAACAGUUUCCGUCGCUACGGUCACCUGGUGGUGGACUGGCCUCAUAAAGCAGAAAGCAAAUCCUAUUUUCCCCCUAAAGGUUACGCUUUCCUGCUCUUCCAGGAGGAGAGUUCAGUCCAGGCCCUCAUUGACGCCUGCAUCGAGGAGGACGGGAAGCUCUACCUGUGUGUCUCGAGCCCCACUAUUAAAGAUAAACCAGUCCAGAUUCGCCCGUGGAACCUGAGUGACAGUGAUUUCGUGAUGGAUGGAUCUCAGCCUCUUGACCCACGCAAGACCAUUUUUGUGGGAGGCGUUCCACGACCUCUACGAGCAGUGGAGCUGGCUAUGAUCAUGGACAGACUGUAUGGAGGUGUGUGUUACGCCGGCAUUGACACUGAUCCUGAACUCAAGUACCCUAAAGGUGCGGGCCGAGUGGCCUUCUCCAAUCAGCAGAGCUACAUCGCUGCCAUCAGCGCCAGAUUUGUCCAGCUGCAGCAUAAUGACAUUGACAAACGGGUGGAGGUGAAACCAUACGUGCUGGACGAUCAGAUGUGUGAUGAAUGUCAGGGCGCUCGCUGCGGAGGAAAGUUUGCCCCUUUUUUCUGUGCCAACGUCACCUGUCUGCAGUAUUACUGUGAGUACUGCUGGGCGAGCAUCCACUCACGGGCCGGCCGCGAGUUCCACAAACCUCUGGUGAAGGAAGGCGGAGAUCGACCUCGGCACGUGUCCUUCCACUGGAGCUGAUGGCAAGCGGCACAUCACCCUCUCCACACACGGAUCUCCCCUCUCAUCUUUUGUUCUUAGAAAACAAAUAUCAUGAUAUCUCUGUCCACUAUAUUCUCUGCUAACAAACAGGAAAAUAUGAAUUUUGAGUCUGCGUACUCAAACGUUGCACUUUGGCACAAACAGUCGAUGUUAACACUUAUCAGGAUGUUGUGCAUUAAUUCUCUCAUUAUCCUUUGUUUGAUCAGUAUAGUGCUCCAUAUAGGUAACAUUUUAGGCAGUGUGAGACUACAUAUAUAAUAUAUACAGUACAGUUACAAAAAGGAUAGAUUUUUAGUUACUAUUUAUCUAUAUACACACAGAUAAUACAUUUUGGGUGUCCGACUUUAUAAAGGAGCAUGCACUUAUUGUGAAAACCAAGUGGUAGGAAAUUCUCCCCUACAUAAGGACAAAAAAAAAAGUUACCAAAGGUAAAAUUAAUUCAUUAAGAAAAUCUUGUUUAAGUGAGCUGUUAAAAAAAUAAUAAUAACACAAGUUAUUAAAGUAAAACACCAUAUGCUCUACAUGUGGAAAUGAAUAGUAAUACCUGCAUGCAUGCAGCUCUUUCUGUUCGCCUCAGUUUUUCAAGCAUAAUUUUUUACGAGUUUUUUAGUAUUAUCUACAUGCUGCAUAAUAGCUUUUGCUGCUAAAUCUAUGGUAUGAGUCAAUACGGUCAAAAUUUAUUCAGGCGAAUGAGUGCUCAGAAGGGUCUGCGUCUGCAAACAACUAGUCUGCAAUGCAUGCUGUAAAAUCAGUCUCACUUUCAUUUCCCCCACGAUGGACGAGCGAUAUGGAGUACUAUGGAUGCUUAUUUCCACCACAGAAUAAAAAAAAAAGUCUUGCGAGGGGGAGGAAAGUCCAAAUUGUGAAAGAUAAACUCAGAAUUGUGAGGGGUAAAAUGUUUUUGGGUUCAGUUGAGAGAGGAAAAAGCCAGAAUUGUGAGAUAAAAUGCUAUUUUAUGCUAUUAAUGCUGAUUUAUUUUUAUUAUUUUAUUUUUAGCAAUUGUGAGUUUAUAUCAUGAAAAAAAAAGUCAAGAGUUGUGAGAUAAAAUGUCAGAAUUCUGUCACAAUUUGGACUUUUUUUCUCAGUUUUGAGGCAGGGAAAAAAAUCCGUUUUCAUUUUUUUUUUCUUUACUUACAAGUACUUAUAAGUACUUAUAUACAAGUACUUUACUUAUAUACAAGUAAAGAAAAAAAAUGAAAACUGAUUUUUUCCCCCUGCCUCAUAUAUAUAAUUAUUAUUAUUUUUUUAUUCCGUUGUGGAAACUCACAGCUCACACACGCUACGAUCUUCUGGCAAAAAAUGUCUUUUACAGGUUUUUUUUUUUUUUUUUUUUUUUUUUUUCAAGUGAUUGUUCAUAGAAUUGAGCAAUUUUUAUACACCAUGUAGUAGUUAGAAGACGCCUAGAACUGUGAUUCGCUUUAACUGUUAUUGAUGUCUGACAUGGAACGUCCUGUGAAACAAAUGGUCCCUUCUCUCCACUUCUGCUAGUUAGCCCACGACACGCGUCGCAUCAGUACCAAAGAGCUGUCCGACUCGAAAUGACCAAUUUACACUACGCUGCACGCCGACGAUUCACAAUACUGUGUCCGAGCGGUGACUCUGGGAGAGGAAGCGAACACUGGCUCUAAAUCACUCACCUAACUCUGAGAUACGGCGGGCGGAAGUACCUCGCGUAGCCGCAGCAUUUCUAUCCAGAUUAUCCAGAAAAUCUUGAAGUAAAAUCAUGUCGACGGUGGACAUUCUGAAACUAAAUUGAGAGAUGGUGGAGAGGAACGCGAAGAAACGCGUCUUGGCUGCUUAUCCGAAAGUCGAAAACGGUCAACGUUAGGUUGACACCAAAAACGACAAAUGCAAACACUACUUUUGUACCGAUGGAGAAAACGAGUUUGUGAUGUUCUUUCCCUGCCCUGAUUUUUCUGUUUGUUCCUUCUGUGUAGUAGAUAAUAUUUGUUAUGCACUACUCUUUGUAUCUGGAUGGUUGAACAGUCAGCGUUUUUUUUUUAUUUUUUUAUAGAAAAGUAAUUGUGCUUUCUGAAUGACAUAAUCUUUUGCAAUACCUCAAUUUUGAAAUAUAAGAUGAGAGAGAAUGAUAUUUUCUAAGUUUAUUCAAAUAAAGACUAUAUAUAUAUUAAUUUAAUUCUGCUAGAGAAAAAAAAUAACAGAUGCUUAAUUUUAUUUUUGUCAUGCUUACUUGCUUUUAAUUUUAUUUUUUGAAAAAAAAAAUUAAAAACAAAAACAACUGAAGGAGUUAAGAGUAUUAUUAUUUUAAUACUGUAGGAAGCUGAAGUACAGUCGUGUCAACAUCAGUGUUCCACAAACAAUCUGAUCUUAUUACUGUUAUAAUAUAUAUAUAUAAUAUAUUCUAUAGGGUCAACUGAACUACUUACGUUUUGAUAUAUUUACCAUCAGACCUUUACUAUGCUGACCAGAGUUGUGAAAUCUUCUGUUCAUUAUAUUUUUAUGUUUUCGUAAAAUUAUGUGUUCCCUUUUGUUUUUGUUUUUAAAACGCACACGCCCUGAUUUGUUAACCUUAUAUCAUUUUGGGAAGAUUAAAUUCUUUUUAUGAUUUUUGGCAAGAUGGAAGCUGAAAAAAAUAUUAAAAGUUUCAACUUUAACUUGAUAGAAAGCCCCAGAUGAUUCAUUGAUGUGGUGGCCUUCUACUCACCCAAGACUUGAACUAGUCCCUUUUUUUAAAAGCUGAGAACCUCGAUUUUUUGUUGUUGUUGUUGUAAUGUGCAAUACUGUUUGUACUGUUUGUAAAAAAAGAAAAAAAAGAACAGAAAAAGGCAUAAAUCUUUAUUGCAGAUUUAUUUUCAUUGCGAGCAUUGUGAUUCACUAAAAUCAUUUUUUACUGUGUAUUUUACUCGACGUGCUAGUACCUUCCAGUAGUAAUGUAGCCUUUGUACUGAGAAAUUUUUUCAUUAUUAUUUGUUUUUAGAUUUUUUUUAGAUAAAAAAAAGAAAAUACAAGAAUUUAAAUUUUCCAUUAUUUUUUUAUUUGCGUUUUCUUUACACUUAUUCCUCAACCAUUAAUGUUAGCUAUUUCUGGGUGAGAUUUUCAUAUCUGGUCAAUGUCAUUAUUAUUUUGUAUUUUUAUGUGGAAUAAAUUAUGAUUUAAUUCUUAAACUUUUUUUUUUUUUUUGAAGGUAAAAACUUUGUAAUAUUGUUACUAAAAUGUCUAGAUUUUUUAAAUGCAAAGCUUGUUGCUUUCAUCAGUGAUUAGGGGGAAAAUGCACAUGAAAAUUAACCGCAAUCAUGCUUAGUAAUAUAAUGUGAUUAAAAUGUAACAAUGAAUGGUCAAUAAAAAUAAUGGCAGAAUGGAGCAAAUGUGAGGUUGUUGUGGUGAAACCCAGUCGAGACGGAUAUAAUCAGGAGUUCUGAUAACUGCUGAUGCGCUGCAGCUCUGCUUUCACAGACACAGACUGUAUUGUAUUUAACGGAGUGAUAGGUUUCCCAGAAUGCAUUUUAUUUAUGAGCAGUGUAGUGGUGUAGAUUUCAUGUAGUAAUGGUAACAGACUCUCAAGUACUGCUGAAACACAAACAUGAAAAUUCCCUUGACUUACGAUUAAUUCAAGAGCUACCUAAUUUUCUUUCAAACCAUCUUUUUCUUAAGCUUUUCCUAUAGUGCUAUCAUUUACAUCCUUUGAUAAACUGUGCUGUAUAGUUAUAAGAUGUUUAGUAACACAUUUACAAAAAAAAAAAAAGACUAAUAUCUACUUGGCUCAUUUUGGCUUGUGGUUUUUCUCUUCCACCACACUUUUAGCUCCAUUUGUCAUUUUUAAAAAUGAUUAAAAACCAACUUUAGCAAUGCAAUGCAGUUAAACGUUUAAUUUCAUAUUUCACAUCUGGCUCCAUCUUCGCAAGGCUUUGAGAUUGUUAACUUGGACCUCUGCUUGUCUAACUUUGCAGUAAAACUGUGAUUAAAGGAUUUUUUGGAUGAAAUAAGCGCAGUGCUGCUAAUGCUUACAAGCUUUUCCCACCUUCAUGAUUUUUUCCUUUUCUGUACUAAACCACAAAUCUUAUUAAAUGUAAUUGUAUGACA